AUGACUGAAUUAGCCUUCACCAAGUCCUACCUGUCUUCGCUGGAUUCACGGCCCGUCAAGCUACGUGCUGACCAUGUCUUUGAUCCGGAGCGGAUUGGACUGCGAGUCCCGUACACACUCCCCCGCCUCCACGCCCCGCACCCGGAGAUGCCCAAGAAAGUCAAGUCCACGCAAGCACCAGGGGCAUCGAAAUCAAUCACCGUCCGUGUCAAGUCUGCGCGUAAUCCCACCCUCGAAUUCUCCCUUUCCAACGCCCCUCUGUCCACCACCUCAGUUCAGGACCUCCGGGACGCAGUGCGGAACCGCGUCACCGAUGCACAGGGUUCCUCCGUCCCACUGGACAAGAUCAAGAUCCUGUACCGCCGGAAACCGGUGACCGGAACUGGAAAGACAGUGGCUGAAAUUCUGGCUGAUGAGCCAGAGAUGCUGACUGGCGGGAAGGAGGUCGAGUUCGGGAUGAUGAUAAUCGGGGGCGCCAAGGCCAUCGAGAACGAAACUCAGGAGGAAGCCGCAGAGUCGCGCGAUGUGUCUCCGCCCAAGGCGGCGGUCGGACCCAGUGGUGAGGAGGUUUUGCGGACGGAGACUUUCUGGGAUGAUUUGCAGGGAUAUCUGGAGCAGCGGCUAAAGGACGAUGAAGAGGCAAGGCGAUUGAGGGUGUUAUUCAAGGAUGCCUGGAAGUCAGGUCGUUGA